AUGGAAUUAAACAAACAUGGUGCACAAACUCAUGUGGAAGGAUGGUUCGUCGGUGGCUUAUUUGUCAUGAUGGCUCUUCCCAUAUCUUUGUGGGGUAUACUUCAGCAUCUCAUACAUUAUACCCAACCACAUCUACAACGCCAUAUCAUAAGAAUUCUAUGGAUGGUUCCCAUCUAUGCGCUUAAUGCAUGGUUUGCUUUGCGAUUCCCUGAAGCAGCUAUUUAUUUAGAUACCUUGCGAGAAUGCUAUGAAGCCUAUGUCAUUUAUAACUUCAUGAGUUAUCUUCUAAGUUACCUGUGCAGAGAAUACAAUUUGGAAGAAGUCCUCACUUUAAAGGACCAAGUUCAUCAUUUUUUCCCAUUUUGCUUGCAACCUGUAUGGCCUAUGGGAAAUAAGUUUAUCCAGAAUUGUAAACAUGGAGUUCUUCAGUACACAAUAAUACGACCAGCUACAACUUCUGUGGCUUUAAUAACUGCUAUUUGUGGUAAAUAUGAUGAAGGAGAUUUCAAUAUUGAUUCAGCUUGGCCUUAUCUGGUGUUUAUUAAUAAUGCUUCACAGGUGUGGGCAAUGUAUAAUUUAGUUCUAUUUUAUAAAGCUGUAAAGGAGGAACUGCAGCCAAUAAAUCCUAUUCCAAAAUUCCUCUGUGUUAAAGCUGUUGUUUUCUUGUCAUUUUGGCAAGCUGUGCUGAUUGCUGGUUUGGUAAAAACUGGUGUAAUUUCAGAGAAAAAUACCUGGGGAUUUUAUACUGUAAAAAUGGUGGCUAGUGGUCUCCAGGACUUUUGUAUUUGUAUUGAAAUGUUUCUUGCUGCUGUGGCCCAUUACUUCUCAUUCUCACACAAGCCUUUCAUAGACCUAAUGAUAGACAAUUCUAACUGUUGUGCUUCAUUCAUGUCCAUGUGGGACAUUUCAGAUGUUCGAGAUGAUGUCUUAGAACAUGUCAGAGUUGUUGGUAAUGGUGUUGGACAAACUUUGAGGGGUUUCAGUUCAAUUAGAAAAAGUGAAAGAACACCGCUGCUUCAAGAAAAAUCCUCAGAUGUAUCUGCUAUUUCAAAAGAUGCCAAUUCUACUUCUCAAGCAAGGAAUGACCAAAAUGCUAUAGCCUAUCCACACGACACAGAUUUUUUUUCUUUUUUGAGACCUCUCAUCCAAAUAGACUUCUUCUCUUGUAGUCUGUGUGGGGAAAGGCUUUCUCAGCACAAAUUCUUGAAUAAGUCAGCACUCCUGCUUUUCUUCCACAAGUGUAACUUUAAUAUCUCCUUGAAAUCUUCUCUAAUAAAUUCUUCUUCUUCAUGA